AUGGACCCAAACACAUCAACAGGAGUCUCGCCAUCAUCAAUAAUAGUCGGAAUAGUAAUAGGAUCACUUGUUGGACUAAGUAUUAUAAUAGGUUUGUUAUGGUUUCUCAAUAAGAAAAGAAGACAAAAUUUUCAAGAAUCAUCCAACAAUGGAAAUUUUGAAGAAAAACAAGAAAAGCCAAGAUCGAUAAUAACUACAAGUAAUAAUGAUGAAACUAAUUCAAUAACAAAACCUAAAAAAACCAAAGUAAAGUCAGAUAAACCGCCAUUUCUCACUUUACCAAAAUUAACUAGACCAUUAUCAGAAAGUAGUUCAAUAAAAGUAUUGUUGAUCAAUCCUGAUGAAAAGGAUAAAGAUAAAUCAUUCUCAUUUGAAGAUUAUUUUAAAAUUAUAAAGGAAAAGAGGGAAAAGAAGGACAAGAAAAAGAAAUUGGAGAAAGAGAAGAAAUAG